CUGAACCCCAGCUGCUGCCCCUCCCCCUGCCUCCCCGGCCGGCCACCUCCCCACCCCCCAGGAGACGGAGCCCCAGAUCCACCCUGAGACGGGGGAGUGGGUCCUGAGCCGCUGUCCUCUUUCCCUCUUUCUUUCUUUCUCUCCUUCCCUCUUUGCCUCUCUACCUCCUCUCUUUCCCCCUCUUUCUCUCUCUCUUGCUUUUCUGCUUAAUUUCACAUUCUAUUUUUGCUUAUAGCUAGUGGAGCACAAACUCUGCAGGAGGGGCCAGUUACAGCCCUGGACAGCGCAGUUUGUGUUACACAGACUAUAGUUUAACCAUCUAUUCCCAGUUGCGGACCAGCCACCUCCCGCCCCGCCCCCUGCCUCCCCACCCGGCCACCUCCCCACCCUCCAGGAGACGGAGCCCCAGAUCCACCCUGAGACGGGGGAGUGGGUGCUGAGCCCCUGGGACGUGGAGUGUCUGGCCGUGGGCGCCGGGAUCCUGGGCUGCGGUGGGGGAGGCAGCCCCGAGCUCGGCAGGCUGCAGGCACUGCGGGCACUGGAAAAGGGCAGGAAAAUCCGAGUCAUCGCACCUGAGAGACUUGACACGACCCCAGCCCUGACUGGUACCGUGGCGACCGUAGCCUUUAUGGGUGCUCCCACCAUCCAGCUGGAGAAACUGUGCAGCGGGACCGAGACGCGGGACGCGCUGCGGUGUGUGCAGGACUUGUACGCUGCCGGGUACAACAACGGACAACUGUCUAAUAAAGAUGGCCUGGAAGUGAAGCGAGGUGACGGUGUGACAUACCUGGAUGACUACAGGCCUUCACAGACAGACACACAGACGGACGCAGACCGGGGGGUCAGGGUUGUCGCGGUGAUGAGUGCCGAGAUCGGAGGGCUGAACUCCAUGGAGCCGCUGGUGGUGGGGGCGGCGCUGGACCUGCCCGUGGUGGAUGCUGACGGGAUGGGGAGGGCGUUUCCUGAGCUGCAGAUGUUUGGUUCAUUCAUCUGUGGAGUUGACCCUUGCCCUGCUGCGCUAUCUGAUGACAAAGGUCAAAGGGCAGCUGUGCUACAAGUCGACUCUGCCAAGCAUCUCGAAAACCACUUCAGGACCGUCUGUGUCAACAUGGGCUGCAGUGCUGGGGUGGCAUUCGCACCGCUCACCGCCGCCCAGGUCCGGUCCUCCUGCAUCCAGUACUCCCUCAGCCGCGCCUGGCGCCUGGGCCACGCCGUUUUACACGCCUACAAGAACAGCAUAUCCCCCAUUCACGCCAUCCUGCAGCAGGAGAGCGGCAGGCUUCUGGCCACGGGAAAGGUCUCAGAUGUCCAGAGGACCACCACUGCCGGGUUUGCCCGAGGGAUUCUGAAGGUCGAGGGGUCGGGGGAUUUCCUGGAUGAAACCCUGAAGAUCGACUUCCAGAACGAGAACCUGGUGGCAAGAUUCCUGAGCGACAACAAGGUGGUGGCGUGUGUUCCUGACCUCAUCACGAUCGUGGACGCCGACUCGGGAACUCCCAUCGCCACAGAGGAGCAGCGCUAUGGGCUGCGCGUGGCCGUGCUGGUUCUCCCCGCCCCCCCGCUCCUCUGCACACCUGAGGCGCUGCAGGUGGUCGGGCCGCAGGCCUUCGGCUACCCUGAAGACGUGAUCUACUCACCUGUGGGAGAGUACACCUGUAACAAACCCGUCCCUCCCCGCCCCCCCGCUCCUCUGCACACCUGAGGCGCUGCAGGUGGUCGGGCCGCAGGCCUUCGGCUACCCUGAAGACGUGAUCUACUCACCUGUAGG